AAUAGUGCCUGUCUGAAUUAAAGCAUAAAUACGAUAACAUGGGUAAUUGAAUGUGUUUUCCAGCUGGUUUUGUAUUUUCAAGAGAAUCGGAAAUUAAUAUUUCAUUUGUACUCCAUUUUAAUUGUAAUUACUUUUAGCAAUUGAUAAUUCCCAUUUACAGUGACAGUUGGAUAUAUGAAAGUUACAGUUAGUAAUUUAUUCAACAAGCUAAAGCUAGCCGUAGCUUUACUUUGUUGUCAAAACUGGGAUUAUAUUUAGUGGCAUAGCGAAAGACAUUGUGCCCAACUUUUGAGAGCACUUAAUCGUCACCAUGCCUAAAGGAGGAAGGAAAGGUGGGCAUAAAGGCCGAAUGAGAACGUAUACAAGUCCUGAAGAGAUAGAUGCUCAAAUGAAAGCAGAAAAAGAAAGAAAAAAGACUGAACAAGAGGAAGCCGAAGAAGAAGGAGCAGCAGUAAAUGACACCCAAAUUGAUGACAAACAAGCAGGAUCAGGUUCAGAGGACAGUGAUGAUGAAUGUUUUCGAAGAAGAAAUGGUGUAGAAGGUUUGAUAGAAAUUGAAAAUCCCAAUCGUGUUGCUCAGAAAACGAAGAAAGUAACAGACAUAGAACUGGAGGGACAGAAACAACUAUCAAGAAGAGAGAGAGAGGAGAUUGAAAAGCAAAAGGCCAAGGAAAGAUAUAUGAAGAUGCACUUAGCAGGAAAGACUGAUCAAGCCAAAGCAGACCUUGCCAGGCUUGCUAUAAUUAGAAAACAACGUGAAGAGGCAGCAAGGAAAAAAGAAGAGGAAAGGAAAGCAAAGGAAGCAGCACAAGCAGCAACGGCGGCAGCAAAAGGACUUCAUUCAUUGUCCCUUAAAUGAUACAGAGCUCAUAAAAUCACCAAGGCUUUGUUGGAUCAGUAGGAAAGUACACUAUACAAAGAUAAUGACAGUAAUAUAUAUUGGGGGCAAGUUUGACUGUGAUGUGCUCUGUAAGAAAUGACGAUACAAUGUUCCGUUGACAAGGAAUAUUUAUACAUUUUGGAUGUUAGCCUUGAAAGUACACAUUUAAAAGUUAAAGUGGAGCCCCCUGAGAAAGCCUGUGUGUUUCCAAAAAAAGUGGCUCACUUACAAUGCUUAGAUACAUUUACUUGAUGAUAAAAGAUAUAUAUUUAUUAACAGUGAUUCAUGUAAAGUGAAUUUUGUAACUGCUGUUUCAGUUGGAGUGAACUACUGUAAGACAAAAAAAACAUUUUUUUUCUGCAUCAAAAUUAGAGAGGCAUCCAGAUGUAUCUUAAAGUAAUGUAUUAAAAAAGAUAAGAAUAAGUAAAAAUGUCAAGAUUUCGUGUUUAUUAAAGGAAUUACUAUCAUAGGUGGA